UGGCAAAUGUUAGUGUAAAACAAGGCAAGACUCAACUGUACUGACGAGUGCUAGUAGCCAUAGUUACUUUCUGUGUCAGCUGACGUGCUGUGUUCUGUCAUCAUGGUCGAGUGCAAAGACUAAUAAGGACUGCAUUGGCUCGAAAACAAUAAAAAUAGCUAGGUGACCAUGAAUGGCAUGAUUGAUGACAGGGUUGGGGAAAAUAACUGAAAAGUACCUGUCCAGCUGUUGGCUGGAUUGUCGUGUGCACGUGUUGUUUACCUCAAAAUCGCGCUCCAACAUUCCAUUCUCUAUUCUUGUCAUCAUGGUUGGAUUAUCAUCACUAUCUCAGUAUCGGGUUCUAAAAUUAAUGGUCCUGGAUGAAACGUUCAUGAAACAAGCAGUUGAAGCUCGCUCUGAGAAAGUAUCUUCGCCUUCAGAGUUUAGUGCAAAAGUACCAGUUUGAAAAAGCGGCUAUCCAUUCAUUUCCUUCGCGCCGCUAUCCAAGAGAGAAUGAGUUGUGGUGUUCGUGAAAGCGAAAGGUUACCGCUGACCGCCGGCGAAAACCAAACAAGUAGCGCCAAGAAGAGGAGUAGCCAACGUUGUUUGAACUGGCAUCCGUCCUACACAGUGCUGGCUGCGACGUUCCUAGAGAGAGUGGCCUUUGUGAGUCUCCUUGCUGUGUUCACCGAGUAUCAUGAAUUCAUCGCCGGAGGCAACCCCACAACAUCUAAAGUCCUUCUGCUGCUCUGUACCAAGGUGUCGUAUGUCGGCGCGGUAUUUUCUGGACUAUUGGCGGAUACGGUGUUAGGGCACUACCGAGUGUUGCUCAUCUCCAUACUGAUGCAGUUUGCAGGGUCGCUGCUAGUAUUGGCUGCAAUAAUCCACAACACGAUGCAGAGCGCGAGAGAAGAGGUAAAUGUGGUGCAAGACUCUCUAUUCGAUCGUCUAGUAACACCUGGACUGGUGUUGUUUGGCCUCGGCGUGGCUGGAGCAGGUGGCACGGAGGUUCCUCUUGGUGUGAGUCAGCACAGCCUCCUUGGCGAGGCUGAACAGAAGGCCAAGGCGUUCUUUCCGCGCUACUACUUUCUGAUAGGCGCUGGUGUGGUCAUCGGUGCAGGCAUUGGCAUAGUGACGGCUCAAGGCGCUGCGUACCAAAUAUACGGCCAUGUACUGCCAAGCGUCUUCUACUUCUUCAGCUUCCUAGUUCUAGCUUUGAGUAGAGGCGUGCGCACGGAAAAACCUUCCAGAGCUCAUCCGCUCUCUGACGUGUGGCGUGUUGCAAAAGAGGCGAUGAAGGUCAUCUGGAGGAGGCCAGCUAGUCGCGGCGGAGGUGGCAGGAGAUCAAUGGCGGCAAGUAGCAGCGUGGCUCCAUAUACGGGCAGAGUGUACUGGAAGAACUCAAAGGGAUCCCUCGCCGAUUGGGUGCGCUAUGCAGAGGAGAGCCAUGGGGGAAGUAUUCAGUACAACACAGUCGCAAGGGUGCACAACUUUCUCUCCGCUGUUGCUGUGCUCGCUGCAAUGGUGAUUGUCGGUGUCACCAUCAACCAGAAUUUGGCUGUUUUCAUUUCACAAGGUAAUCGUAUGACCGUGCCACGGAUGAGCGCAUCUCUCUACGUGCCAGCUUCAGCUGUUGCUCUCUUUGAUACCCUGGGCGUUCUUCUGGGAAUUCCCCUUGUGACCUAUGUCAUCUACCCAUGUUGGCGCUCCUUUUCCGGUGGCACGCCGCCGAGUCACCUGCAGCGCAUCACAGUGGGCAUACUCAUUGCAAUGCUGGGUACUGUAGCAGCUACAAUACUGGAAGUGGAGAGAAGAAAAGAGGGCAGGUGGAACUCUACGGUCAUCGAAGACCCUGACAAUCCCAACCGGACACUCACCAUCUCCAGCGUCUCCAUCUUCUGGCAGAUACCACAAUACACACUCUGUGGACUGUCAGAAGUGUUCGUCCUCCUUUCAGGUAUGGAGUUCGCGUAUUCUCGCUCUCCAACCGGCAUGAAGGGAAUAUCCAUAGGCUUUGGCUACGCAUUCCUGGGCUUAUCGGCGGCCGGUAGCGUCGUACUUCUGUGGAUAAUGCAGCAGCGCUUUGAAUCCCUGACAUACUUAGACGAUGCUCAAGGUGAAGUGCACCUCUACUUCAUUGUUCUUGGUGGUAUCCUAGCCGUUGGCUUGGCGGUGUUCCAGGCGGUGGCCAUGCAUUUCAAGACGGCGCCUAUCUACGGCUUAGAGACGAUGAGCCAAUCGCAUCCAGCCACAUACAGCACAAGCACUGCUAUGCACAGUUCUGUCUAACAGUUGCUGUUAGCGGCAACACUACAAACUACCCAUCACACAGUUACUGUUAGCGGCAACACUACAAACUAACCAUCACACCAAGUCCAGGUUUACAACAGUUCAUUUUACAGUAAUACGUGCGGUACUUUACACCAUCUCAACUUACGGCUUUUAAAAUAUAUUUUGUUAUCUUACCGAUGAUUCACUGGACCCGGAAUCCUGUCCAGACCUUCCUUUUAUACAUGUAUACAUUAACCAACAGAUAGCAAUCAGCUGCACAAGUUAUAGCAGUGAUCUGUUUUUUCACAUUGUCAAGUAUCUACAGUCACUGAGGCAGCACAUCUACAGUCACUGAGGUAGCACAUCUAAGACUCUCCGGCCGUCAGAAUUCCUUGCGGAUUAGCACUCUGACUUUGAAAAUGCUUUGUUUGUUCAUUAGCGGCAUUGGUUGCCAUCGGUUUCAACCAGUGACUCUGAGCUCCGCUGACAAGACCAAAUAAGGUCGAAACAGCUUACUGUUCGAAUAUUGUGUAUAAGAAAGGUAUACCUUUGAAGCACUUUUCUUUACCAAUUAUGAAAUAAGUUCGCAUCUUUCC